ACCUUCAGCGGUCUGUCGACUUCACUCCGCUUUCCUUUCCACCUCACAGCGACAGGACUUCGGCAAGAACUGGCGCGACAAAUUCUCCUGCCUCGGCUACUGAAGGGCAUGUCGUUCGUGCUGCGUAGCCGACCCGCGGGUCAUCUGGCCCAUUCAGCAUCUGAUCGUCGGGAGUACGAAGUAUGAGUACAAUAAUGUACCCCCUGUGGCUCAUCACUUUAGACUUUUCAGAGACCAAUGCCCACUUCGGGAGUAGCGCCAGUACUGUCACGGAGCAGCCGUGUCUUGCCCCCAUCCGCAAGACCUACGCUCCUGCCAAGACUCGUCUCGAUGCAAGAAAUCUACCACCUCCGCCGGAUGCCGGUGGUGGGGAAAGGGCAGUCACGAUAUCAUGUGCCUAGCGAGCGCGAUAUGCCCAUGAAGUUUGUGAAGGUGAAAGCUGCAGCUGUCAAGCGCCAACACGCAGGCCUGGUGGUGGCUCGAAAGCGGAGGAGAACGCCAUUGCCGGAGUCUGCGGCAUCUGGCAAGCUCCGAAAUGACCAACGACCAGCACAGGAAGCAGGACUACAUCGCACCGAUACCCUUUCGCAGGCAGCGGUCCAUGCGCCUAGCUGGUACGGAGCUUGAGUCAACAGCAACGCUGGAUCCGGCUAUUCGAUUUAGUGAAGCCUGCGCCUUCGGCAGUGCGGCGCAGUUGCUUGGAACGGUCGAUGUCGGUGCAGCUAAGGACGGCCUGAUCAAAUGACACCCUCGGCGG